AACAAAAUGUCCACAAAUUUUCGCUACACGGUCGUUAAAACCAUACGACCCUAUGUGAAAUUCUUUCCACAACUAACGAAACCUGUGAUGCGGGUUCUGAUCCAAGUAUCUGUCCACUAUAUUGAGAGUAGCAAGUGUUCACCCGAAGUAUUGGAUUUAGCUCUGAACAAAUUGACACACGCCGGCCAUCCAAUACCCGAAAAUUUUUGUGAACUAUUUGCAGCCAUAUUACAGAUAAUGCAAAUAUUCCUGAGGACUCCAGUUAAGCCGGAAGAAUUAAAGGACUGCUUGAAACAGGAUCUAAGAUUUAGUGACGAAUGUGUUGAGGAUUUGGCUAAAGUUUUACACAAUCAUCGCUCUUCGUUGACAAAGAACUAUGUGGAGGCCAAACAGUUACGGUCAUGUGCCAAAAAUCUGCAGUGGCGCAUCAAUAUAUCCCUUAGUAUACCACGCGGCCCCGCAUCAACAAGCAACAAAAAGACAGCUGGCAGUGAAGGCGAUAGAGGAGGCGCAGUUGUAACACCCACCAUCAUAUUACAUUUCCAGCUAGCAGACGGUCGCUACCGGACCCUUGAACUGCCUUUGUCGAUGUUUCACCGUCUGCGUUAUAAUGUCGCCGUUUUGCUUAGCGAAAUGCAAUCCUUGCAGCAACGUGCGGUAAUGAAAAAAUUCUAAACUGCCGCCUUAUUUGCAAACAUAAUGUCCAAGUGAGAGUGUGUG